AUGGCUAAGGACACUGUAUCAAAAAAGCGCAAAGCUUCUGUGCCUGAAAGCGGGGCUGAAAAGGUCAAAAAGAUUAAGAAGGUUGAAGUCACGGAAGUUCCAGUCAAAAAGCGCAAAGCCAUCGAUGAUGCUGGUGUUUCCGAAAUUAAGAAGUCCAAGAAGGCUGCGAAAUCUGCGAAAUCUGCAGUUGAAGAAUCUGCGACCUUAGAUAAGCACGACAAGGAAACGAAUGGCGACUCGAAGACUCCCAAAGCCAAAAAGAAGGAUACCCGAAGUUCAAAAGCAGCCAAUGGCGAGCCAAAGACGAAGAAGUCAGAACCAGCUGAAACGAACAACGAGGAGGCUGAAGAGGUGGGUAGCGAGGAUGAUGACAACGCCUCCGUAAUCGAUGACCAAACUGAAGCUCUCUUAGAGGGUUUUGAGAGUGACAGAGAUGAAGCGGAUAACUCAAAUGAUCAAGGCCUAGAGCCCGGCCAAGGAGUACCGGAGCUAAAGCUUAGCAAAAAGGAGAAGAAGCAGCUCAAGAAAGCUAGCGAAGCAGCAGCAUUGGACAAGCCUGGCGUCGUUUAUGUUGGACGUAUUCCUCACGGUUUCUACGAGCAUGAGAUGCGAGAGUAUUUCAAACAAUUUGGCACGAUCCUCAAGCUCCGUCUAUCUCGCAACCGUACCACGGGUGCCAGCAAGCAUUAUGCAUUCAUCCAAUUCGAUUCGGCUGCAGUUGCCGAGAUUGUUUCGAAAGCAAUGGAUAACUAUCUACUCUUUGGCCAUAUCUUGAAAGUCAAGUUUGUUCCUGAAGAGCAGGUACCCGCAAAUGUGUUCAAGGGUGCCAAUAAGCGAUUCAAGAAGGUUCCCUGGAACAAAAUCGAGGGCCGAAAACUAGCACAGGGAGCAUCUGAAGAAACUUGGGCCAAGCGCAUCGAGUUGGAGGAGAAGAAGAGGGCCGCGAAAGCCGAGAAGCUAAAGAGCUUGGGAUACGAGUUCAAUUCCCCGCAAAUCAAGUCGGCAAAGGGAGUCGCGAAGGAGCAUGUUGUAAUUCCUGCGGUGGAGGCGAAUGGUGAAUCCGAGCCCCUGGCCAUUGAAGAAUCCCCCAGUGAUAUUAAAGCUAUCGAAGUAGCCCCAUCAACUGAGGAUGCGAAGUCGAAAAAAUCCAAGAAAACCAAGGCUGUCGAUACUCCAAAGGAAGCAGUUGCGGAUACUACUACUGCACCUGCGGAAGAGUUAGAACAGCCAAAGAGGAAAGAAAAGAAGUCGAAGAUUGCCAAAGGAGAAGAACCGGCUGCGGAUGGACUUUCCGGGGAUGUAGUUGAGGAAAAAGUUGAGAGACCCAAAAGGAGCAAGAGCAAGAAGGGGAAGACAACGUGA